CAGUGGUAAACGCACUAUUAUAUGAAUCUUUUCCAAAUGAUCCAAUUGUUGGCGAAGAAGACUCAGGAAGCUUACGAGGUGAUAGUGGAAAAGAAUUGAGAGAAAAAGUUUUAUCAUUGGUUAAUAAUGUGCUAGAUACUCCUUUGGGUGAUAAAGAGUUAUUGGAUGCUAUUGAUAGAGGAACUUAUCCCGGUGGCUCGCGUGGAAGAAUGUGGACUAUUGAUCCGAUAGAUGGAACAAUGGGAUUUCUUCGCGGAGAGCAAUUUUGUGUUGGAUUAGCAUUGCUUAUUGAUGGAGAUGUUCAUCUUAGUGUCUUAGGAUGUCCAAAUUUACCAGUAGAUCUUAAAGCGCCCGAAGGUGAAAGAGGAUGUUUGUUCGUUGCCGUUAAAGGACAAGGCGCUUUUCAGCGCAAGUUCUCUUCAACUGAGGAAAAACAAAUUCAUAUGGCAGACAUUUCAUCACCAUCAGCUGCCACAUUUUGUGAAUCUUUUGUGCCAGCUCAUUCUUCACAUGGAGAAGCGGCAGAAAUUGCAUCAUUACUCGGAAUCACAAAGUCUCCUCUCCGUAUGGAUAGUAUGUGUAAAUAUUGCGUUGUUUCAAAAGGCGAUGCUGAUAUUUAUCUAAGAUUGCCUGUUCGUAUAGAUUAUGAGGAGAAUAUCUGGGAUCAUGCACCUGGAUAUCUUGUUGUUAAGGAAGCAGGGGGUAUAGUUUCAGAUAUUCAUAAUAAACCUCUGGAUUUCUCUUUGGGAAGAACUUUGAAAGCUAACAAAGGAAUUGUUGUUACGCAUCCUAAAAUACAUGGACAAGUAAUUGACGCCGUUCAGAAA